UCCUCUCGUGGUUCGGAUUAGAACUGCCUAUCUCCGGUAAACCUUACCUGCUUGGUGUGUUUACUCGCGCAUAAAGAAAGACUACAAUGACCUGGCACUUUUCUUCCGGAUUCUCCGUCGAAUCAAUGUAUCUUUGAUCUUUCCGAAGAAUAUCCAAAGGAGUGCGACCACGAUAUCAUCACACGUACAAAUGGUCGUUGCAUAUGGCUGACGGCCCGGGCUUGUCUUAUCCACUAUAAAGUCAGUGGGGAUGAACGAAGCGACAGGUAGUAAAAGAUGCGAACUUUUUCCUUCUUUUUCGUCUUCUAUCUUCUCUCCCUAGCAGCUGCCGCCGACUGGUAUACAGUCGAGUGGGAUGCCACCACUUUCACGGCGAUGUCGGGUGAUAUGCUCGUUCCCGACCUGCCGACACCCGGAGGUACCCCCUACGUCUGGCCAGGAUUGCAGUCCAACAACGGCGUCCUCCAAGCUGUGCUGGACGGGCGAAGCGGGACAUGGUGGAUUGGGGACGGGUUCUAUGGCACGCCCUCGCUCUCUUGGGGUAACGGAUUCAACGUGUAUCCCGGAGAUACAGUGCAUUUUGAGUUUAGUGUUAGCGGGACCGAAUGGACGUGCACCCUCUCAUCUGGCUCCAAUUCGGCGUCGACUGUACUGGACAUAACAGGAAACACUAUGAAUCGUGCUAUCUUUGCUGUCGAGCUGUACGACGUUGCAUUCGAUUUCGGCCCGAUCGUCUAUAGUAACGUCAAGAUCACUGCUACAACUGCCGCAUCGAGUUGGUGUGGGUCAUGGCCGCAUCUCGGAAGCUAUCCCUUCACGGUCACAGACGCUACAGCAUCUGGAAAUACGUGCAGUAUUGCGAGUAUCGAGCAAGACAGUGCCACAUAAACCGAAUUUCUAUCCAAUACAAUUUGACUGCCUUCUCUGCAAAUCAGGUACAUGAUAACAAUCAAAACAAGCUGAAAGAAUCCAAGUACUACAAACGGCACACGACCUACAGAUCGUUUGCCGACCCCUACUUCUUGACAGCAUACACAAACCCGUCAUAUCCCCUCCCAUUAGCAGUGCCAAUUGUAGUUGCUUCUACUUCCUCGUCAUCUUU